AGCUCUCUCUCUCUCUCUCUCUCUCUCUCUCUCUCUCUCUCUCUCUCUCUCUCUCUCUCUCUCUCUCUCUCUCUCUCCCUCUCUCCCAUGGCUUCUAGCUCACUUCUUCCUCGUCUCUGAUCAGUGGCGGCUCUUCUCUAUUUCCCUAAAAUCUCAUCACACGUGACUUCCUCGCCAUUUCCUCUCUCCAUCACCGAUGAAUCUGAGGAAACUCUCUCGCGCAACCGACGCGCUCACUCUCCGCUCGAGAUCCACACCACACGCACGAAAAAACCUCCACACAACCCGAUCGGCAGAAGAAGCUUGCUCCGAUCAGCAACAUUUACGCCUACGGUUAUCCGCCGCCUUAUCAAGAAGAUCUCUAGAUUACAAGCACUGCAAACAACUCAUAACCACCUUAUCGCCUCACGAGUUCGAUAGAUUGUUUCCUGAGCUCAAAUCCAAAGUCAAUCCCAAGACGGCUUUGGAUUUCUUCAGAUUAGCGUCCUCUGAUUCGUUUCGCUUCUCCUUCAGCCUCCGUUCGUAUUGCUUGAUGAUAGGUCUAUUGCUCGAAAAGAAUCUGUUAUCUCCCGCUAGGUUAGUUCUGAUUCGUUUGAUCAAUGGAAGCGUUCCGGUUUUGCUGCGUUCUGAUUACGACGAUUCGAGUCAAGUCGCGGUUGCUGAUGCGAUGGCGAGUUUGAGUUCGUGUUUUGAUCAAGAGAUCAGAAGGAGGCUCUCAGAUUUGUUGGUUGAGGUUUACUGUACAGAGAUGAAGCGUGAUGGUUGUUAUCUAGCUCUUGAGGUGUUUCUUGUUCUUGCUAAGAAGGGUAUGUUUCCGUCUAGGACGACUUGUAACAUCUUGCUGACGUCUUUAGUGAGAGCCAACGAGUUUGACAAGUGUUGUGAAGCUUUCGAGGUUGUUUGCAGAGGUGUUUCUCCUGAUGUUUACUUGUUCACUACCGCGGUUAACGCGUUUUGCAAGGGAGGGAAAGUGGACGAGGCUAUAGAGUUGUUCUCGAGGAUGGAGGAAGCUGGUGUUGCGCCGAAUGUUGUCACUUACAACGCUGUUAUAGAUGGUUUGGGGAUGAGUGGGAGGUACGACGAGGCGUUUAUGUUUAAGGAGAAGAUGGUGGAGAAUGGUGUGGAGCCAACUCUUGUCACUUAUAGUAUUCUUGUCAAGGGUUUGAUCAAGGCGAAGAGGGUUAUUGAUGCUUGCUGUGUCUUGAAGGAAAUGAAGGAGAAAGGGUUUCCUCCUAAUGUUAUUGUGUAUAACAAUUUGAUUGAUGGUUUGAUCGAGGCUGGGAGUUUGAGCAAAGCUGUUGAGGUAAAGGAUGGUAUGGUUGCGAAGGGGUUGUCUCUCACAUCGUCGACGUAUAAUACUCUCAUAAAGGGAUACUGCAAGAGUGGUCAAGCAGAUGUUGCAGAGCGUCUCCUGAAGGAAAUGCUGUCGAUGGGUUCAACUGUAAAUCAGGGCUCCUUUACUUCUGUGAUUUGCUUGUUGUGCAGUCGUGGUAUGUUUGACUCCGCAUGUCGUUUUGUUGGAGAGAUGUUACAGCGUAACAUGAGCCCUGGUGGUGGGUUACUUACUACAUUGAUUUCUGGUCUUUGUAAGCAUGGGAAACACUCAGAGGCAGUACAUCUUUGGUUUCAAUUCUUACGUAAAGGUUUUGUAGUAGACACUAAGACUUCAAAUGCUUUGCUUCAUGGACUCUGUGAAGCAGGGAAGCUGGAACAAGCUUCUAGGAUUCAAGAAGAGAUAUUAGCGCGUGGUUUAGUUAUGGAUACCAUUGCUUAUAACACUUUGAUUUCUGGAUAUUGCAGAAAGAUGAAAUUGGAGGAAGCUUUUAAGUUGAUGGAUGAAAUGGUUAAGAGAGGACUUACGCCUGACAACUAUACUUACAGCAUUUUGAUUCGAGGGCUGUUUGAUAUGAAUAAAGUCGAGGAGGCCAUACAGUUCUGGGAUGCUUGCAAACGGAGUGGUAUGGUUCCUGAUGUUUAUACAUAUUCAGUCAUGAUAGAUGGGUGUUGUAAAGCUGAAAGAGCAGAAGUGGGUCAGAAACUGUUUGAUGAGAUGAUGAGCAAGAAUGUGCAGCCAAAUACUGUUGUCUACAAUCAUCUAAUCCGAGCAUAUUGUAGAAGUGGGAGGCUAUCAAUGGCCUCUGAUCUCCGAGAAGAUAUGAGACACAGAGGAAUUUCACCUAAUAGUGCUACAUAUACUUCACUAAUAAAGGGGAUGUCGAUUAUCAGCCGUGUUGAGGAGGCAGGGCUCCUCCUCGAGGAGAUGAAGGAGGAAGGUUUGGAACCCAAUGUCUUUCAUUAUACAGCUCUUAUUGAUGGGUAUGGUAAAUUGGGUCAGAUGAUCAAAGUUGAAUGUCUUUUGCGUGAGAUGCAUUCAAAGAGCAUACUCCCAAACAAGAUUACUUAUACCGUGACGAUUGGUGGGUAUGCCAGAGAUGGGAAUGUAACAGAAGCUUCUAGGCUUCUAAAUGAGAUGAGGGAAAAAGGAAUUGUUCCAGAUUCUAUCACAUACAAAGAAUUCAUUUAUUGGUAUCUUAAGCAUGGAGGUGUUUUGCAAGAUUUUGAAGGCUCUGAUGAGGAAAAUUAUGCAGCAAUCAUUGAAGGAUGGAGCAAAACGAUUCAGUAGCUGAUGAAAAGGUUCUUAGUCUGGUUCUCAAUGAUUCUGUUAGUUGCUCUGAUUGAUUCAGUUUCUUGAUGGAAAUCGUUCUCAUUGUGUGCUAGUGGCUAAUGCUUAAAGUUGAGAAAUUGAGACCCAGUGGUGUUCUCUGUGUUGAUGGUCAUGUUCUCGCCAGUAUUUGCAUCUUCUUUAUAGAGGAAGCACAGUAGCAUGUACUUGGUAGAAGCAUAUGGUUCAUUGCUUUAGAGUGACUAGCCAACCACUUUGGUUUAAUAGCGUCGAACUGCUUCAACUUUAGAAGAGAAAAUGGUGUUGCCUUUGGCAUCAUAUGGGUGAUUUACAAGUCUAAGUUACUGAUGCUCCUCAGGUUUUAAAACUGAGUUGCCAUAGAAUCAGACCCAUCUGAUACAUUCUGGAUCAGUGCAUGCACUUCGGAUAGCAGUCCCGAAAAUAUUCUACAGAUAUCACAGGGUGUCAAUCAAAAGCUUAUACGUGGACCAUCCGCGGCCGCUAUUGGACCAAAAUGGCUUCUCUUUUCCAGGUUACAUAAAUACAGCUGAAUCCAGUUCUCAUAGGAGUAGUUUAGAACAAAAUUUAGCCCAGACGUGUCGCCGAAUUUAUGACUAGAGAGAUUCUUCUAACUGAUAUGAAAGGUAACCUUUUAUAACAGUAUCAACUUAUUCAACAACAUUCACUGUAUAGUAAAAGAUGCAGUGGGGUUUUGUUUCCUUUUUAUUCUUGUAUACAAUUUGUUAUUCAUUAUUUUUUUUCUUCCGGAAGUGAAAAUUGUUUUCUAGAUGUACAUAAAAGUGUAGAAAAUUCUAAACAGAGUUUGACUGUGGGAAAAUAUGGAAUAAUAAGAUCUCAUUAAUAGUUUUUUCGUUUAA